AUGGAGAGAGAUGCGGUUGUUGUUGUAACAUUAGCAUUUGCUGUAUGUUGGUUACCAAUUCAUGUACUGGAAUUAAUGAAAUGUGCUAAUUCAUCAAUACUCAAUACUCUCGUUCGAUCUUAUCCAAAAGUUCUUUAUUCAAUUCGUGCAUUUACACAUGCAUUAGCUUAUUUCAAUUCAUGUUUAAAUCCAUACUUAUAUGCACUAUUGAAUCGUAAUUUUUGUUUUGAUCUUAUGGAUAUAAUUCCAACACGUUUUGUACGUCGUAGCCGGAUGGGAACAUUUGAAACCAACACUUCAAAUCUAAAAGAAAAAUUUUUAUCUCCAACAAUAAUACCAAAUGAAACUCUUCUUAAACAAGAAUUAAAUAAUCAUGAUGUUGCUGAUGAUGAAAAAACUAAACACAAAACUGCUGAUGUUAGUUGUCAAAUUGAAUUAUGUGAAAUGUAA